UGUCCUGCACUGCCCCUGCUUUUUGCCCCCUGGCUUGAACAUGCGCCUCCACCGGGCUGCACUGCUCUGGCCGAUGGGUCGAGCAACCACGCAGUCAGCGCGAUGUGACUCCCGGCCGGAGCCGAGGCUAGAUCUGCGACCGCGCCCGACUCCGCGCCCGACUUUUGGAGGUAGGAAAAGGGUAUGGUCAUCGCCAUUUCCACGAUUGGCACACCCCUUUCCGACCUCCAGACGACUGCGGCCGAGCGCCCUCAGAGCCGGGCGCCGCCCGGGCUGCGGCCGCGCCCCGCGCCGCAGACCAGCCGCCCCCUCGCCACGGGCCCCGGCCUCGGCGCCGCCCGCUCCACCUUUGGGCGUCCAGCGCGCCCGGCACGCCCGGCGCCGGGGAGAGCCUCACCGAGAGCCGGUCGAGGGCCCGGACCUCGCCUCGUAGGUGAUGGCGAGGGCCCCGAGGCGCUGCCCCGCCGCCGCGCGAAGCUCGGCGCCGGCCGCGGGGUCGGCCGCGGCGGCCGCCUUCGCGUCCUCCAGGAAGCGGGCCUGGGCGGUGUGGUUCGCGUCCUGUUCACGUCCUCGUCGGAGUAGCGCACGAGCACGUCCACCGAGUACGCGCCCGGGGGCGCGCGCCUCGGGAGCGAGGCCACCGUGCUGCGGAGGAAGGAGCCGUCCUCGCCCGGCCCAGCGGCCGAGAGCGCCCGGACGUCGUCUGGGACGGGCGACGGCCUGAAAGCUCCGGGCGCCCCGGCGACGACGAUCAUCACCGUGCUGCCUGUGGCGAUUUCUCGCCGCCCAGCAGCAUCUCGUACCUGAACUCGACGGUUGUCCGGCCGACGUCCCCGACCUCCACCCUGGUCACCGCCUCCUUGCCGGCCACCGACACUGCAUUGGGCGAGGAGAGCCGGAUCGCCUGGGAUGCCACGAGCAUCCGCCGCAUCAUGCGGGGCUCCACCUCACUAAAGGCGCUGUAGCCGGCCUGCAUCCAGGGCAGCCUCAUGCGCGCGGCCUGCAUCCACCUGAAGAGGGUGGCGUACGCCAGGCCGAGGUCCCUGUCGAGGUCCUCCUGGUUCAGCACCUGGACCCCGUACUCGUUCGCCCGCGACGUGAUGUCGAAGUCGUAGUGCGUGCCUGAGGGACCACGGUAGGCCAUCGCGAGCAGCAAGGCCCGCGGGUAGGAAAGCAGCAAGGGAGGAGGAAAGAGAGGAGGUGGAGGAGGAGGAGCAGGAAGAGGAGGCGGGGAAACGGGCCGCGGCAAGCCUGCGGCCACUU